AUGGCGAAAGCAAAAGUGGGUAAAAAAAUAACAGGAAUUGCAGUGGAUUUACCAGAAUGUCCUGUGUGCUUAGAGACUAUGUCUGCACCAAUCUUCCAAUGUCAGUCGGGACACAGUCUUUGUCAUUCCUGUUCUAAAAACUUGUGUCCUGCAAUAUGUCCCAUAUGUCGCCAACCUAUGACACAAAUGAGAAACUGGCAACUGGAAGAAAUUAUUGCAAAGGCAAAUGUACCAUGCCCUAACAAGUCUUACGGUUGUGUAUACACAAUGACUUCUGAAGGUGUAGAUGAACAUCUCAGGGAGUGUAUUUUUCGUGAAAUGGUUUGCCCUCUCGGAGCUGUUUUUGGCAAAUGUUCUUGGACUGGUAAGCUUAAAGAGAUGAUGGAUCAUUUCAAAGAUCGUCACCCUCAAAAUUGCAAUAUUAAUACAGAAACUGAAGUGGAAUUUAAUAACAUUUCAAUUCAUGAAGAUGAGCGAUUUGUUUACUUGGUAUCUCAAGGAAAAUUACUUUUUAUUGUUACAAUGAAAAUUGAUACACUGCAAAAUAUUGCUUAUUGGGUAAUACAGCACAUAGGAAGUAAGAAUAUGGCCCAGCAGCACAUUUACGAAAUACACAUCACUAGUAAACAAGACAACAGAAGAAAGGUAGUAUUUAUAGAUCACUGCUUUAAUGAUUCCUAUACAGCAGAUGGUGUGUAUCGUCUAGGAAAAUGUGGAAUAUUACCUUUAAAGGUACUUACACAUUUUAUUUUAAAUAAGAAAUUUUCAUUUCAAUUCUAUAUUAAAAGAAAUCCAGCUGGACCCAAGAAUAAAGUUGAAAAGAUGACUGGCACUUAUGAAAAUAAGCAACCAUUCAAGGGCUAUAAAGGUCCUAAACCAAAAGGUCCAAAUAAUCAACAACAUAGAAAUCCAACACCUAAAAGUGGAAGAUCUAAAAGUCCCUUUAAUGCUAGACAUUAA